CUGUACUGCGCAUGUGUCUUGUUCUGCAGCAGUCCGUGUGUGUCGGUAUGUGUGUGUGUGCGCGCGUGCGUGUGUUUGUGCAGCCACAGCGCGAGGUCUGCGGAUCGCUUUAACCCAGCCGUUAAUUGGCCCGGCUGUGUUCAGGUACCCGACCCAGUGCGCCAGCAUGUCGUCCAGCCCGCAGGAGCAGAACCAGGAGUUGAAGGAGGAGGUGAAGGAGGAGAAAGCAGAGGAGAAAGAGAAUAAAAAUGAGGAGAUGAACGAGGAGAAAAGGGAGGAAAAGAAGGAAGAGAAGAAGGAAGAGAAGAAGGAAGAGAAGAAGGACUCCUGGAAGGAUUUUAUCUACAACCGAAGGACCGGAGAGUUCAUGGGCCGGACCGCCAGCAGCUGGGGUCUCAUCUUCCUCUUCUACCUAGUCUUCUACGGGUUCCUGGCAGGAAUGUUUUCUUUCACCAUGUGGGUCAUGUUACAGACACUGGAUGAAAAUGUUCCCCGCUAUCAGGACAGAGUGGCCAAUCCAGGUUUGGUGAUUCGUCCUCAUGCUGCUGAAAUCUCCUUCAACCGCAGUGACCCAAAAAACUACAACCACUACAUCCAACAGCUGAACGACCUCCUGCAGCAAUAUAAUGACAGUGUUCAGGAGGGUAACGACUUGUGUCUGGUGGGUGAAUACACUGAACAAGACGACGAGCCUGUAAAGAAAGUUUGUCAGUUUAAGCGCAGUACGCUGCGUCAGUGCUCAGGUCUACCCGACACCAGCUUUGGAUAUGCUGAGGGAAAACCAUGCAUCAUCAUCAAGAUGAACCGGGUAAUCGGACUGAAACCACGGGGAGACCCCUACAUCAGCUGUACUGCCAAAAGAGACAGUCUGUUAGAGAUGCAGUACUUCCCCUCAGAAGGUCGUCUGGAUAAAAUGUUCUUCCCGUACUAUGGCAGGAAAGCUCAUUCUGACUACGUGCAGCCACUGGUCGCAGUGCAGCUGUUGUUAUCCAAAGAAGACUUUAAUGUUGAGCAGACCGUGGAGUGUAAAAUCGAGGGUUCAGACCUGCGUAACAACGAUGACCGGGACAAGUUUUUGGGUCGUGUCAUUUUCCGGGUCAAAGUGUCUGAGUAACUGGAUCCACCAGUUGCCAUGGAGACCACAAACUGGGUUUAACCUGGAGAUCGAUGUCCAGUUUUAGACACUUUGAAAUCCAGACCUGAUCUUAUCCUGGACGUCUGAAUGUGGUCUAUCUUGCUCAGACUCUAUGAGGAAACCAGAUCUGGACCACUGACAGCUCAUUAUGGUUAUGUUUCCAGAACCCUUUAGACCUGAUUGUGGUUUGGUCCAGAUCUGGAUCAGACCUAGACCUUAACUUGAACCCUGGUGUGAGUGUUUGAUUCAGUGGUCCAAAUGUGCUCCUCAGUUAUCCAAACAGAAAAUAGUGUGACUAAUGUAUUCAGAGAGUUGGAGCAGAUCAGGUCUGUGGUGGAAGCAUGUCCAGCCAGUUGCACAAUGAUGUGUUGUUAUUUGAUUUAUGUAAAAUAGUGAUGUAAUGAAAACAAUAAUAAGAGCCCAGCAGCUUGGCACAAAGUGAGUUCACCACAGAAACAUGACGGAAAAAUCAAGUCUGAUUCAAUGACUUUUCUUCUACAGUGAAUUAUUAAUGCCACAGUAAUGGCCUUUAUACAUUUAUAUUUAUAAUAAUAAUAAUAAUAAUAAUAAUAAUAAUAUUGAUAAUAGUAAUAAUACUGCCUCCAAGUUUUCAACAGGAAGUGGACUCAGAGAGCAGAAACCAUGAAGACCUUUGAGGAGGGUUUGUUGGGGUGUUUGCUAUCAGAUGAAAAUAUUUCAAACAAAACUUUGAUGUAGCAGCAGGAUGGUUUGACAGUAAUGUGAUUAUUGAUUAUCUAUACAUAAACCUUAUUAAUAAUAACAUUAAAAUAUUUUAGUUCACACAAAGAUUUCAGUGUCAGUACAAAGUUUUCACAGAUAAUUUCAAUGUAAAUUGAGAAAUGUUGGGACGUUUAUUCCCUGAUUUAAAGUGAAGCUUCAGGGUUGAAGUUGUUAAUGUAGGAAAAGUGUUAAUCUGUAACUGAUAAUAAUGAAGAUAAAACAGGUCUUGUAGAGGGUUGUCUGUGUGACAGCCAGCUGUAGUAAAGUGAAUUAAGACAACACUGUGAUGAAGAACACCACUCCGGCUGCUGGGACAU